UUUUGUUUAUUCGGAUCGACGGGCUGAUAUAUAAAUUUUCUAUAAAUAUUGAUAUAUAGCAAAGUUUGAUUUUUGGUCGAAAUUGGUAGGCUUCCUCUGCUGAAUUUGAUCAAACGAGUCCGGAGAUGACACUGGAGUUGUUGGAGGUUGAUAAGCUUGAAGGUCACACUGAUCGUGUUUGGAACGUCGCCUGGAAUCCCGCCGCCGGCGCCGGUGUUCUUGCCUCCUGCAGCGCCGAUAAGACCGUGCGAAUCUGGGAGCAGAGCUCUCUCUCUCGUUCCUGGACAUGCAAGGCAGUUUUGGAAGGCACGCACACAAGAAGUGUAAAGUCGUGUGCUUGGUCACCUUCUGGGAAGUUAUUGGCCACUGCAAGUUUCGAUGGCAAUACUUGCGUUUGGCAAAACUUUGCUACUGACUCCGAGUGUAUAUCCGUUUUACAGGGACAUGAAAGCGAAGUCAAAAGUGUAUCAUGGAAUGCAUCUGGUUCGUUGCUUGCAACAUGUGGUAGAGACAAGGCUGUCUGGAUUUGGGAGAUACAACCUGAUAAUGAAUUUGAUUGUGCUGCAAUAUUAACUGAUCAUAAAGGAGAUGUUAAGAUGGUCCAGUGGCAUCCCACUAUGAAUGUUUUGUUCUCUUGCAGUUAUGAUAACACUAUCAAGGUUUGGUGGUCUGAGGAUGAAUCUGAUGAUUAUAAUUGUGUCCAAACCUUAGGUGAAUCUAACAAUGGUCAUUCUUCUACCGUCUGGGUUGUCUCCUUCAAUGCUACUGGGGACAGGAUGGUCACUUGUAGUGAUGAUCGAACAAUAAAGAUAUGGUCGACAGAUAUUGAAAGGAUGCAAUCUGGUGAAGGAUAUGUACCUUGGACCCAUCUUUGUACACUCUCUGGUUAUCACGAUCGUACCAUAUAUUCAGUUCAUUGGUCAAGGGACGGUAUUAUUGCUAGUGGAGCAGGCGAUGAUACUAUACAGUUAUUUGUGGACAGCGACAGUGACUCUGUUGUUGAACCUGCAUACAAACUUUUGCUUAAGAAGGAGAAAGCACAUGAAAUGGAUAUAAACUCGGUCCAAUGGGCACCUGAUAAGGAUAGCGAGUUGCUUGCCUCGGCCAGCGACGAUAAAACUGUUAAAAUUUGGAAGCUUGCAUCGGAGCCAUGACUAGGCUGGUUAUGCAUUGGAUUUUUGUUGGUUUUAGGUUUGUAAUUUGGUUAAGAGUUUUCAUUUCAUUGUUAAACUAGGAGAAAUGAGGGAUAUCUCUUUUUAACCAAGAAGGAAAGCUUUUUAAGGGGGUGAUGAAUCUGUGAAACUUGGGUUCGCAAGUUGUGUAAAUACCAACAAAAAUAAAUCUAGAAGAUAAACCCAACGACAAGAAAUUACAAGACCUAGAUAUGAUAUUUAUCGUUUGUUGUCUGCAGAGCAGUGUUCUGUUCUGAGGAA